GCGUUGUUGAAAAAUUACUUGCCUUUUUUUUUUUUUUUUCCUUUGCUCCCUUUGCUGGAUGUGACCGUUAAAAUAUUGGUCGCGAGCACUGGCCAUUUUGGAAUUUUUGGGCUGCCCUGACGUUAUGGCUCCAGACGCGUCCUAAGCGCCAGCAUGUCCGAUUCCUUGCACACGCCAUUGCAGCUAAAUGAGACGAAAGAAACCGCUUCUCAAGACAAGACUCCGGACGAUUGGUUCAGGUCUCCUACCGUCAAAACUUUGAAACGCCGUCAGCUUCAACUUGGAGAAGCCAAUGACGACCAGUUUCCUACUUGGUUUGCCCAUGGCGCUAAUGCCCAAACUGUAUUUAACCGCCCAGCAUCCAGUAUACAAGACCUUUUUGCAAUACCGAAAUCACCUUCCCCUGAUUCGCCUUCCUCCUUCUUGUCUAAUAUACACCUACGCGAUAAGUCCACACAAGAGCUUAAAAUUGGCAGCAGCGGAGUACAGCCUACUACUUCAAAGCCGACCACUUCGUUACUACAUAAAUUGCAGCUGGAGAAGCAAUCGAAGCAAACCAACAAAAGACCCUUGGUUGAAAAUCACUCGCCGCCUGCUUCCAAAAAAGUCAAAGACAGUGAUUUCAACUCACAAGAAAUCGAUGAAUUUGGCGACGAUAUACCCAUUGAAGAUCUUGACGCCUUGUUAGCCAUUACGCAAGAUAGGACGGAUGCAGCCCCUCAGCCGAAAGUUGCUGUGUCAGAUAGCCCUCAGACAUUCCAGAAUAAUUCGCGAUCAAAGCGAUAUGGUCGCUUCCUCAUCAUGGAAAUCCACAGCACCAUAUAUUCCCUGGAUGACACCAGUACCCAACUACCUGAAAAGACACUUUACUUGCUGGAGGAAACAGACAAUACCGAACACCGAGUCAAAUUACGAGAUGACUGGAUUCACAGUGCCAUUGUAUGCGGCGAUCUCAUUCAUGUCAUUUGUCCCAACCCGAGAGAAAAAAUCAUCGUUGUUGAUAACAAGCAAAAUCUUUUAAUCAUACAUCCAGAUACUUUAAUCUCCAGCACUGCCGUUUCCGAUAGCUUUAUCUGUGUUCGAAGGGCUGUGCUUCGAGAUCGAAUACGAGACACAGCUGACUACAACGAGGCGCUUGUACAUGGUGAAAUUCUGCACAAGGUGUUCCAAAGUUUGAUCCCAGGUGGCGAUUUUUUGUUCGACCGAGUCAAGGCUGAAAUGAGGCGGAUCGUCAUGACCAGCGUGGAGGAAUUGUAUGCCAUAGAUCAGUCGGAAGAAAAGGUUCUGCUGAUUUUGGAACGCUAUAUACCCGGCAUGCAAUCCUGGGCUGCCACGUAUUUGACCGCCGAACCUCCAUCCCACGCAACCGUGGUCACGGAUCGAGGUCCAAGUUUUGGGCACGACCGCCAUCAACCAGUUGUGGUAGGCAUUGAAAAGGUUUUGGAUAUUGAAGAGCACAUUUGGAGUCCUAUGUAUGGAAUCAAGGGCAUGAUUGAUGUCACUGUUCAAGCCAAGGUCAAGAAAGGCUUAACCACGCAAACGCUUACCAUUCCUCUCGAAAUCAAAACGGGUGUCAAGAGUAAAAUUUUGGCUCAUCGUGCACAAACCAUACUUUACACUCUCCUAAUGCAUGACCGUUACGGUAAAGUGAUAGUAUGCCCUGACCCUCCAUUUGAGAAACGCGUUGUUCAUUUCUCGGUUUUUUUUUUUUCAGACAUCGAUAUUUCCGCUGCUAUACUAUUUUAUUCAAAGACAAAUGAUGUCCUAUUAAUCCCACCCUUAAGAAAUGAAGUUCGUGGACUUAUUAUCGGCAGAAACACCCUUGCUGUGGCUUUCAAGGAUAAUCUGCAUCUCCCGCCUAUGAUCAAAAACCUCCACACAUGUCAACGUUGUUAUUCUGUUGAUGCUUGUGUUGUACACCACAAGUCUUUAGAACGCGGUACAGCUCAAUCAAGUGGGCUUGGCCAAAUCUUUGAAGACAAGACCAAUCAUCUUAAUGACCAUCAUCUUGAAUUCUUUCGUACAUGGGAGGAGCUGAUUCGGUUAGAGGAAGGAGACAUACAUCGAUUGCGAAGAGAUAUAUGGACGGUAGAUUCUCAUACCAAGGAAAAAUCAGGUCGUUGCUGGAGUCAUUUGGAAUUCAUAGGCAAAUCCAAUCACCCCGACGACACCCACCAGAACAUCUAUGAUUUCCAAAGACAUCGUGACGAGGUGAAUCGAGCUAUCCUCAAUCACCAGGGAGAUGAUGAUGAUGAAGAAGUUAUCAGCAAUGUGACAAGACUGCAUGGCCAUAUCUCUGUGGGUGAUCCAAUUGUUGUAUCCUCGGAAGCAGAUCACAUCAAUUUGGGCAUGGGAUUUGUCACCCGCAUUCGAAAGACAAUUCUAACGGUGUCGCUCACCCGACCCUUCCGAGGUCUACCCUCUCGCCAGGCUCUCCACUUUGACGAUAAGGAGAACCAGACGUUUGCCGGAGUCAAGGAUGCUAAUACGCGAGAUACCACGCAUUACCGCAUUGACAAGGACGAAAUCGCAGCCGGCAUGGGUCUGGUUAGAAAUAAUCUGUUGACCUUGUUUUUGAGGGAAGAGGAUGGCGGCGACGCAAAGAGACGCAGACUGAUCGUUGAUUUGGAAGAACCGAGGUUUUCCGCCACCAAGGAGCACUUGGACCAUACUCCACAUCAUGAUCUCAAUACUGAUCAGCUCCGUGCUGCUGAUCAAGUUUUGAAUGCUCAAGACUAUUGUCUCAUUCUGGGCAUGCCUGGCACAGGGAAAACAACCACAAUAGCACACAUUAUUCAGAGUUUAGUCAAGCAAGGCAAAUCCAUUUUGUUGACAUCGUAUACCCAUACUGCUGUGGAUAACGUGCUCUCCAAGGUCAGAGAUAGCGGCAUCGAUGUUUUACGGAUUGGUAAUAUUGAAAAGGUGUCCCCAGCGCUACAUGACUGUAUGCCUAAUGUUGACGGCUCAUCCCAUACGGUGCAGCAGCUGGUCAAUCUCUAUGAAAAAAGUCAGGUGGUAGGCACAACUUGUCUUGGCAUUGGGCAGUAAGUUGAAGGCAUUUUCAAUGACAACCCUUGAUACAUAUCCCUGACUGCUUAUACAAAUUGUACUUAUUCUGUUGCAGCCCAAUGUUCCGCCGUCGCAAAUUCGAUUAUUGUAUAGUAGACGAGGCCUCUCAAAUCACGUUACCCGUUUGCCUUGGUCCUCUAAGAUUUGCGGAUGUCUUUGUCCUAGUCGGCGAUCAUUACCAAUUACCCCCCCUGGUAAGUUAACCUUUUUUCACCCUACUUUAACAUAGUGCUAUCCAUUCAACCAAGGCGCCGCCACCC